AGCGGCCCAAAAAGGGAAAGGAAAAAUAAUAAUUUGGAAACGGCUUUCAAAGCCGAACUGCACGUCAGGACUCUGGUCCCUCACAGAGAUUCGACUGUUCAGAGCUUGUGAAGAAGACGAGAGAGCGAGCAAAAUUUGUUUCUGCAUUCUUCAAGCCUCCGAAUCGCCACCAUUUUCUUUCUCCUUCUCAAGGGAGGAAGCCAUCUUGGCAAUGGAUUCCGUGUUCGUUAGAGCCUACCGAAGUCAUUUUACUCUUGCCGCAGUAGGUGGGGUUGGAAACGGGUGGACGAAUCGUGGCGUUAACAAUGUUUGGCUUCCAAGUCCAAGGCCUGGAGCGUUGAAGAUUUCUAAAAGGCACUGUUGUGUGGAAUCUGAAUAUGAAUCGCAUCAUUUUGAAUGUGUUUUCAGAAGACAUCAGGAAAGACACACCUCCUAUCAGAAAAAAGACAACAGAAUCCAAGUUAGAAAAGCAGCCUCUAAUCAGCCUUUUGAAACCGAAUCCGGAGCCUUAAGUUCCAAAAAUUAUGGUGACUCUAUAAGGAGUUUUUUGGAUGCUUUCUACAGGUUUUCACGGCCGCACACAGUAAUUGGUACAGCAUUGAGCAUUGUAUCAGUUUCUCUACUAGCAGUUGAGAAACUAUCCGACUUGUCACCAUUAUUUUUAACUGGAGUGUUGGAGGCUAUAGUUGCGGCCCUCUUUAUGAAUAUUUACAUUGUAGGUCUGAAUCAAUUAUUUGACAUUGAAAUAGACAAGAUUAACAAGCCAUAUCUUCCAUUAGCAUCAGGAGAAUAUUCUUUUGGAACAGGCGUUGCAAUUGUCUCCACGUUUUCCAUUAUGAGUUUUUGGCUAGGAUGGGUUGUUCGUUCAUGGCCAUUGUUUUGGGCUCUUUUCGUCAGCUUUUUUCUUGGGACUGCUUAUUCCAUCGAUCUGCCACUAUUGAGGUGGAAGAGAUUUGCUGUGGUUGCUGCUAUGUGCAUUCUAGCUGUUCGAGCCGUGAUUGUUCAACUUGCUUUUUUCCUACACAUGCAGACUCACGUGUUCCAGAGACCUCCGGUUUUUUCACGUUCUCUGAUCUUUGCAACUGCAUUUAUGAGUUUCUUCUCGGUCGUUAUAGCAUUAUUUAAGGAUAUACCAGAUAUUGAUGGAGAUAAGAUAUUCGGCAUUCGUUCCUUUUCCGUGCGUCUAGGGCAAAAGCGGGUGUUUUGGAGUUGUAUUUCCUUACUUGAAGUAGCAUAUAGUGCUGCUGUUUUAGUGGGAGUUGCAUCUUCCUCCCCGUGGAGUAAAUGGCUAACGGUUUUGGGACACGUCACUUUGGCAUCAAUUCUUUGGAUUCGUGCCAAAUCAGUUGAUCUGAAGAGCAAAGCUGCCAUAACAUCCUUCUACAUGUUUAUAUGGAAGCUCUUUUAUGCUGAGUAUUUGCUGAUACCCUUUGUUAGGUGAGGGGCUGAGCAAGAAUGUAAUUAGGCAGUGUGUAUUGUACAAACUCCUAGAUAGAAUUAUUGUGUUAGUUUGAUGGAGAAAUAUGUUUCUUUCAAAUUCCUUUAUUUUUGAAAUUGUAGCCUUUUGAAACUCCAUUCCUUUUGUACUAUAUAGACCAUACAAUCAUUAAUGCAGGUACACAAAUUACAUAUCUAGGUUACAAUAAUGAUAACAAAACAAUCAGAAUCAUUUGAAA